UCUGCCAUCUUUGAUUGUGAGACAGGCCGCGGCGCAAGCAGCACUCAACGAGAGCAGCACUGUCUCACACGAGAUAACGGGUGGGCAACAAAAAAAAAAGACAGAAACACAAAUCGUGACCCUCUUAACGUCCAAACAACGGUGGAGACUCCGGGAAAGAAGAAAGGGCACCGUGUUGGCACAGAAUAGAUUUGAGGCCCGUGCAAGUCGAGAGGAAAUGGUUGGAUGCUAGCUACUGUACCACGCUAGUUACCUAACUAGCUAUCGUUAGCAAGCUAGCCAGUGUUUGUAAUCCGCCGGCCACACACUCGGCUUGGAUACUACAAAACAAGCCGAACCCAGACGACAUACUAGAAGAAGAGAGACCGGCGGUGACAGGAGGCUGGUUCUGGGGGUGAGACCAGAGGACCAGACUCAAUGAGUUUCCAGCGAAAUGUCAGAGAAGUCAGGGCAGAGCACCAAGGCAAAGGAUGGCAAGACCAAGUAUGCAACCCUUAGCCUCUUCAACACGUACAAGGGCAAGUCUCUGGAGACCCAGAAAACUGCAGUGGCUGCCAGACAUGGGCUCCAGAGUUUGGGUAAGGUUGCUGUCAGUCGGCGCAUCCCCCCUGCCAACCUGCCCAGCCUGAAGGCAGAGAACAAGGGCAACGACCCCAACGUUAACAUUGUCCCCAAGGACGGCAGCGGCUGGGCCUCCAGACCUGAGGGAGGAGACGAGAGGCAGUCCGAUACCCCCCCACCCCAGCCUAACCCAGGGCCCCCCCAACCCCCAGAGGUCUUGUCCUCUAUAGGGUGCAGCAGAUCCUGGGCCAACAGCAAGCCACCGCCACCACAGCUAGAUGGAGGAGCCCCUCGUGUGAGCAGCCAGUUCCACCAGGAGUUCCCCAGUUUGCAGGCAGCCGGAGAGUCGGAGAAAGGAGAGGGGCAGGAGGAGGAGCCUUAUGGACCUGGACCCAGCCUCCGACCUCAGAAUGUUGGUAGUUGGCGCGAGGGCGGGGGAAAGAAUCUGAACACCUCAGCUAGCCCUUCUGAGAUGGACAGCUGUGGGCCAGAGGAGGGAGGGGCAGCUCUCAGCACCCCCUCACCCCCUGGGGAGGUGGAGGAGAGAGGCAGGGUGCCCCCUAAUGAGAAGAUAGAGGUCAGGGAGAGGCUGCCCCUGUCUGCCAAGCCUGCACCCCUCUCCUCUCAGCCCAAGCUACAACCCCCCUCUGUUCCAGCCCAGCCUAAACUCAAUGGUGGCCAGCAGGCCCCUGCCGGUGUGCCUCCCCAGUUCCACGCCCAGUUCAGGGGCAUGAUGCCACCCUAUAUGUUCAAUGCGUAUCCCAGGAUGCCCUUUACUCCAGUGCCAGGGAACAUCAGAUACCCUGUUCCACAGGAUGGAGCCAGGAGGGUCCGUCCCCAGCACGGGCCCCCCCAGGCCUGGAUCAAGGACCCAGAUAGACCCUCCAUCAUCAGCGCCACAGAGCUUAAAGAGCUUGACAACCUGGACACAGAGGCUGAUGAGGGCUGGGCUGGAGCUCAGAUGGAGGUCGACUACACAGAGAAACUCAACUUCAGUGACGACGAGGAGAACCAUGCCGCCAAAGAGAAAGGGGAAAACUGGGAGUGGAUGGGUAAAGUGGAGCGGAUGAGGGCACAGCGCCCGUCAGACGGCCAGGAGGGCAGCAAAGGCUCAUGGGUAGAUGGAAGGGACCCCAGGGUGCUUUCCCUAGGCAGUAAGGGGGUGUACAAGACCGGCCCACCACAGGACCACCAGGGUCAGCUAGGUGGGCGCUCGGUGGGCAGCGGAGCCCCUCGCGUGGCCAAACCCCCCACCAUUGCUCCCCCUGCUGGUGAGGAGGAGUGCGAGGCCUGGCGCCAGAAACACAAGAAGCAGGACCUGUCGGAAGCGGUAGAAAGAGCCAGGCGGAGGAGAGAAGAGGAGGAGAGGAGGAUGGAAGAACAGAGACUCACCGCUUGUGCAGAGAAACUCAAACGCCUCAACGAGAAACUCCACCCGGCAACAGAUGCCAAGCACGGCCCUGCUGCCGAGACAACCAAUGAAGAGACUGGAGCUGUGUGUGAAGACGCACCUCCUUUGUCUGUUCUUCCCCCUGUCUCACACCCUGCACCAUCGCAGCCUGCCCCUUCCUCUCAGCCCCCGAACAUAUCAGCCCCUCUCCAAGACCGAGAGAGUGUGGAGAGGGAAAGGAUUGAGAGAGAGAGUGUGGAGAGGGAAAGGAUUGAAAGAGAGCGUGUGGAGAGAGUAGAGCCUAGUGCGAAGGAAGAGAGUCCGUUUGUGCCUCGCCAGCCCAGCCCUCCAGUCCAGAGACCAUUGUCCAUACCCCCAGAGCCUCGGCUCGGAGAGGGUCCCCUGAGUGAGGUGAGCCCUCUGGUGGAGGAAAGCCAGACUGAGAGACUGACACCCAUGCCUAUCAGAGACUACUUCAGCACCGAUGAGAGCAGAGUGGAGGAACCUGUGCCGCUCACUCUGCCCCUUAUGGACCCCCUCAGUGGAGAGGGCCCUGUGGCCCCCCUGGACCUUGAGGGAGAGGUGGGGGCUGCCAUGCGCCCCUCUCUCACCUCUGGAUACUCGAAACAGUUCCAGAAGUCUCUGCCUCCGCGCUUCCUCAGGCAGCAGGAGCAGAUGAAGCAGCAGUGGCAGCAGCAGCAGCAGGGGGGUGGUGGUGGUGGUGGUGGUGGGGCUGUGUCCCCAUCAGGAGGAGGUGCGGGUGGAGGAUGUGUAGCUGCCUCCCAGCAGCAUCACCGCUCUCUGUACCAGCCCGUCGGCCCCCCUCACCACCAGCAUCAGCAGCACCUGGCUAACAUGGGCUUUGACCCCCGCUGGCUCAUGAUGCAGUCAUAUAUGGACCCCCGCAUUAUGUCUGGAAGACCACCGCUCGACAUGCCAAACAUGCACCCUGGACCUGGGCGGAUUCCUCCUAAGCAGAUAGUUCGUAGAGAGCCAGGGGACAGCUCCAGUUCUGACUCCUUCGACCACCUGACCAGGCCCAUACGGGACCACAGUCUCCCUUCUGAACCGCGCAUAGUAUGGGGAUCUGACCCAUACCCCCAAUCUGAACCCCUUCCCUCUGUCACACCCCCUAAAGGACGGGAGGACGAGGACAGCAGACUGGACUCUGGGUUGGAGAUGGAAAGGGGUCUCCCAGCCAUGUACCCCAGCCAGGAUCACAAUCCUCUGGAACCCUGUGGCAAAUCAGACCUUUUCAGAGACCCCACAAAGCCCCUGUCAGGAUUCGGCCCAGGCCCAGAGGAGGCUCCAGAACCCCUGCAAACAGAAAUAGGGCCUGGUGGGUCUCCCUUUGAGCCAGUGGAGCCUAGCCUGCCCACUGCAGAGGUGGAGUCUCUGGGACAGGCCAUGCUACAAAGAACCAUCUCCCAGGGCUCCAGCCACUCCCUCAAACUGGAUGAGCCCAGGUUCGACAGCCUCCACCUGGGAACAAAGACACUUGAGCUCCAGGAUCCGGAAGAGAGGCCAGGCGGGGAAGAUAUAAAGGCCAGUAAAGAGCCUUUCUCCCAGGCUGCUGUGACCGGGGACACCCCUCCAGCUGACGGCCUCCACAAGCUCGAGAAGCCGGCCCCCAGCAAGCAGAAGGCUGAGCUGCGCUGGGGAGGGAGGUCUGGUGCCGGCCGGAGGGAUGGACCAGGGGGAGAGAGGCCGGUACGCAGGUCUGGACCUAUUAAGAAACCUGUACUCAGAGACAUGAAGGAAGAGCGAGAGCAGCGGGAGGAGAGAGAGCGACACCGUGAGAGAGGAGAAAAGGGGGAGAGACCCAAGAAAGAGGAGCGAGGAGGAGUGAAAGCUGCCUCCGCUGCUGCUGCGGUGUCUGAGGGCCCCAGGGACAGACCCCACGGAGAGAAGGAGAGGGACAGACCCCACGGAGAGAAGGAGAGGGACAGACCCCACGGAGAGAAGGAGAGGGACAGACCCCACGGAGAGAAGGAGAGGGACAGACCCCACGGAGAGAAGGAGAGGGACAGACCCCACGGAGAGAGGGACAGACCCCACGGAGAGAGGGACAGACCCCACGGAGAGAGGGACAGACCCCACGGGGAGAGGGACAGACCCCACGGGGAGAGGGACAGACCCCACGGGGAGAGGGACAGACCCCACGGGGAGAGGGACAGACCCCACGGGGACAGACCCCAAGGGGAGAGGGACAGGGACAGGGACAGACCCCAAGGGGAGAGGGACAGGGACAGACCCCAAGGGGAGAGGGAUGGGAAGAGUGAGGCCCCUGAGACAGAGGAGCCUGGGAAGGGCCUCCAGAGAUCCAGAGAUAUACAUGCCCCGAUACCAGCCUCCCAGGAUGACAAGACAGACCAACUACCAACCAAUGACAUAAACCCUGAACCUAAAUUACCCUCUACGAAGGAGCCCAACCUGCCCCCACGGACCUACCGCCGUGAGGAGAGGGAAAGAGACCGGGAGAGAGAGAUGGAAAGGGACAGAGAGCGAGACUGGCCGGCUGAUGGUUUUAGAGGCCGAGGCAGAGGGGAGUACUACUCUCGAGGACGGAGUUUCCGGGGAACUUAUAUUGGUCGAAGUAGAGGUGGCCGGGGUCGUAGUCGAUGGGAGUACCCUUAUCAGGAGCCGCGCUCUCGCUCAGACUUUCCUGCCGUCAGUGGCGCUGCUGCCUUCCGCUGCCGUGAAGAGAGCGAGACGCGCAGCGAGAGCUCAGACUUCGAAGUGAUGCCCAAACGCAGACGGCGUCGUGGUUCCGAUACCGACUCGGAGAGCGAAGGAGGACGGGAGUCCGCUAGCGACACUGGGGCUUCAGACCGUGAGCCCAGUGCCAAACCACCCCGACCGCUCCGCAGGGAUAUACCAGGAGAGCCCCGCUCCGGACCACACAAACCUGGCUUCGGACCCCAUCACCUGGGGGAGAAAGGAGGGCCCAGGGGAGGAGAUGAGGGAAGGCCCAAGCCAGGCUUCCUGCCCAGAGGAGAUCCUUCACGGCGUGGGAGAGGGGGACUGUACAGCAGGCGAGGGGGAGCCAGGGAGAGAGGAGGUCCUAGGUCAGCUCCUCUCAGACGCCCAGGAACUAGAGAGUCGUCCUCCCAGUGGCCCUCUAAACCCAUGGAGACCUUCCGCCCUGAGGACACAGAACCCUCGUCAUCACGCUAUGACAACUGGGACCAUCACUCUGACCGACGGCCCGUUCGAGGGGACAGAGACCGACAGUCCGAGGGGAAGAAGUUUGGGGAGGGGGGGCCCCAGAGUAGCAGAGACAGAGAGAGGCCCCGUCGCCCGCGGCCAGCCCGACCCCCCAGACAGGACAAACCCCCCCGCUUCCGGAAGCUGAAGGAGAGAGAGGCUGCGGUCUUAGCUGGAGGAGACACAGGACCUGGACCCACCUCCACUGCCCCCAUCCCAGCCUUAGUGCCUGGCCCUGUCUCCCUGUCCCCUACUCUCUCAAGAGCUCCAGGGGCCCCCUUCACCCUGCCUGUAGAUAAGGAUCCCAAAGCCGCUGACCUAACCUCUGACCCAGCCCUGCCUGACGCCACCCCUCCCACCACCUCUGCCGUGGGCACCAAGUCACCUGACCUGUCCACGCAGAACUCUUCUGACCAGGCCAACGAGGAGUGGGAGACAGCGUCGGAGAGUAGCGACUUUAACGAGCGUAGAGAACGGGAGGAGAGGAGGGGAGCGCGGGAGGCUGCUAGCGGCACUGCCCAGACCUCGACACCAGCUUCCCUACCCCCUCAGGGCUCAGCACCCCCCAGCAGGACUCCCACCGAGGGAGGGGUGACACCCAAACGCGAGGCAGCCGGGCCCACCGGAGGCAGGAGGAGUUUCUCCAGUCAGCGUCCGGUGGAGAGGCAGAACCGCUGGGGGAACAGUGGACCCAAACCAGGCCGCGGCUACGCAGGGGGGAAGGGAGAGAGGCGAGGAGGGGGCAAGGCUGGACGCAGAGGAGCGGCCCCUAACCCAGACUCAGCCCCGGGUGGGGGAGGGGUGCGUACUGGGGGUAAAGACCCUGCUGGACGCAGGAAGGACGAGACCAAACAGAAACCCAAGGAGAAGGAGAACGCUCUGUUGCAGUUUGACCUAAACAACUAUGCCAGUGUGGUGAUCAUAGAUGACCAUCCAGAGGUGACAACCUUAGAGGACCCCCAGUCUAACACUACAGAUGACGGCUUCACUGAGGUGGUCUCACGUAAACAACAGAAACGACUACAGGAUGAGGAGAGGAGGAAGAAAGAGGAGCAGACUACACAGCACUAUGGAAAGAAAGGAUCAGGGGAAAAGGGGAGAGGAGGAAGCAAGCUGCCACCAAGAUUCGCCAAAAAACAGCAGCAGCAUCAACAACAAGCAUCACAACAACAACCACAGCAAGCCUCACAGCCGCAGCCUCAACAGCCCUCACCUCCCCCUCAGCAACCCCAACCCCUCCUAUCUGCCUCCCAGCUCCCUACCCCCUCCCAGCCUGCUGCCUCUCCCCAGACUCUGGAAGGCUCUGUGGCCACCCUACCCCCUGCCCCUACCCCCACCACUGUGGACUUCACCUCCAAGACUCCCCUUCCCCCUGUGGCGCUGCUCCCGCAGACCCACAGCACUCUCGGUACGGAACUCUGGGAGAACAAGGUGGCCGGAUCCAUCAUACUGCCUGACGUCAAGAAACUUGGACCCAUCAGCCCUCCUCAGCCUCCUUCAGUCAGUGCCUGGAACAAACCUCUCACCUCCUUCACUGGGACUGUCAGUCCUGAGGGUGUGAAGCCUGGCUCAGAAGGCAGUGUGGAUCUAGGGAUGGACAGUAUCCAGUUUGGAGCCCCGUCCUCAGCUGGCAGUACAGACAGCGAUGGUGUUCCAGCCAUGCUAGAGCCUGGACCUGACAACAAACUACCUGCUCCUAAAGAACAGAGACAGAAACAGCCCCGUGCUGGACCUAUCAAAACACAGAAGCUCCCUGACAUGGAGCCAGUAGAGCCUAAGGAGUACAAGCCUGGCCCUAUUGGUAAAGAACGCUCCCUGCGUAACCGCAAGGCUAAGGACGUCCGUGUGGGGGAAGAAUGUCUUGAUGGGGGGAUAGUACCAGGUGGAGGGACCAACAGAGCAGUAGAUUCCAGCCCCCCCAACACAGAUGCCUCUGUUCCUGAGCUAGGGGGCGAUAUCGAGGGGAUGAUCACCAUACCCUCGGCGGAGUACGCCAGCAGCUCAAAGGAGUCGGUGACCGACUACACCACCCCCUCUUCCUCUCUGGCGGACAGCGUUCCUACUGGAGGGAGUAAGAUGGAGGAGAGCCUGGUGGCCAACGUGGCCCUGCCUCACCCUCUCCCUCGUAGAGAGGCCUUACAGCAGAGCUCUAGCCUCAGUACUGUCUCUCCUGCUUCUGUUGACCUCACACUGAAGAUGGAGUCAGCCCGUAAAGCGUGGGAGAACUCCCCCAGCCUGGUAGAAAAGAGUUCUCCUGUCACCUCCUCUUCUCCUAUCACCUCCUCCUCCUACUCCUCCUUCUCCUCUGCCUCCAUGCCUCAGAUACCAGUAGCCUCCGUCACACCAAGCACUUCUCUGACAGGUGCUGGGACAUACACCACGUCCGCUCUGAGCACUAAGACCACCACGGCCUCUGACCCCCCCAACAUCUGCAAGGUGAAACCCCAGCAGCUGCAGACUGGAUCCAUGGGUGGGACCAGCUUCUCCCAGCUGGGCUGUGUGGCACCCCUGCUUCCCCAGCAGCAACAGACUCCACAGGUCUACGUCUCUCAGUCUGCAGCGGGCUCUGCAGCCCAGAUUCCAGCAUUCUACAUGGACACCAGUCACCUGUUCAGCAACCCCCACUCCCGCCUGGCACCUCCCCCUCUGACACAGCACCAGCAGCAGGGCUACCAGCCUAGACUCUCACAGCAGGCGGCAGUGCAGCAGAUUCCUAUCCCAAUCUAUGCUCCCCUACAGGGGCAGCACCAACACACACACACACACUCUCACCAGGCCCAGCUAAGCCUCAGCACUGGACCUCCCGUCUCCCAGCCACAGGACCUCUUCAGCUCCUCACUGCAGCCUUAUAGAUCACAGCAGGCCUUUAUGCAGAGCAGUCUAUCCCAGCCCAGUCCCAUGAUGUUAUCAGGGCCAUCUCUCCACAGCUACCCUGGUGUUGGGGGCCAUGACCUGGGCAAGCCCCAGUCCAGCUUGGCCUACCAGCAGCCCUCCAACACACACACACAGCACAUCCCCAUCCUGUUUGAACCACAGCUCAACCAGCCCUCUGGCAUGGGAGGAUCCCAGCUGAUAGAUACACACCUACUGCAGCGUCAGGGGAUGAGUCCACAUUCUAACCUGUACUCAGGACAGGUGCAACAACACGGACAGAGCAGUUACUAUAGUAACACACAGUCUCCAAGCUCUGCCAUGCAGCAGGUGCAAGUCCCUAUGCCAGGCUCUCAGCUCGGUCUUCCUAACUAUGGUUCCGUGGGCAGCCAGCCCCUCCUGGCUCUGCCCCCCACCCCUCCCCAGGCGCAGCCCCCUAGCCUCAGCCGCCAGCCCCCAGUCUCCCAGCCCUACAGGGGACCCUUCGGACACACACACAGCGUGAUGCACCCCCCCCCCAGCAAGAUGUGUGAGAUGGACCUGAAGCUGUUUGGCAGUGGGAUGGACAUGAAGCCUGGGACAACUCCUCACAGCGCUAGGAGCACUACCCCUACAUCUAGUCCUUACAGGUCCAGCUCUACAUCUCCCAGCAGCCAGUCCAGUAAGAUGAACAGCAUGCUGUACCAGAAACAGUUCCAGCCCAGCUCUGCAGCCAUGAGGAUCACACAGCACUACCCUGGACAGUUCAACCCACAGAUUCUGUCCCAGCCCAACCUGGUCUCUCCUCUGGUGCGCCCUCCCUCCCACACCCAGCAUGCUAACUCAUUUUGUGGAGGGAUGCAGCGUUCGCCUAUGGGCCCACCCCCCAUGUCUCCCUCUCUGGGAGGGGGUUUGAUGCCUCACCCCCGGCCACCACCGCAGCAGCAGCAGUUCCCCCAGAUGCACCCGUCCCACCCCCCUAGAGGGCCUCUUCCCCCCCUAGCACCUAGAGGCCCUAUAGGUCCCCGAGGCAACCAGGCAGAGCAGGACCUCAAGGCGAAGCAGCGAGCCGAGGUGCUCCAAUCGACUCAUAAGUUCUUCUCAGAGCAGCUCAAGGCUCCGUCAGUCUCCAAACCCUCUCGUCUCGACCAGGGGGGUGGCAAACCCCCCCUCGACAUCGCCCCCAACCACCAGACGGUGGGAGUUGUGGAGCACCCUGAGCCCGACAAACCAUCCCUGUCAGCGGGCAAACCCAUCCGCACCGGCCCUAUCAAGCCCCAGGCCAUCAAACAAGAGGAGGGGAAGUAGAGCCUCACACAUCUCUACAGAUGGAUGGAUGGGAGAGAGAUGAUCCAGCUGCUUCACAUAUUCAUGCAAUCACUCGCUCACACAUCACCCUCUCUGGUGUUAGAGGCGGAGAAAGAGAGGAGAGGUGGGGGUAUAUUAGUCAAUGGUUACUGAGGGGGCUACUGUGUGUGUGUGCGCUCCAACCUCAUCUCUCUCUCCCCUUCUCCUCUCUUGUCCUCCACUAUUGGGGGUCUGUGUGUGAUAUUUUUUUUAAGCCCCACCUCUUGUAAUUUGGGCGGGGCGGAAGACGGCAAGCUGUACUUCAAAUGUCUACUAGGAUGGUAAAAAAAGAUUGAAUGGAGAAAAAAGAUUUGCCAGUUUGCCAUUUUUAUAGCCCUAUGAUUUCUGUUCCUUUCUUUUUCACAAUAGAAUCCCAUUAUUAGGAGGACAGGGCUGUUCUUUUUGUUAACAGGAGAAUCAAGCAAUCUUGUUUUUGUAGUUGGAUGAAACAAUCUUAGUUAAAGAUGUAUUUUAGUGAAGCACAGACGCGUUCUAUUCCUCUGCCAGUCUUCCAUCCAUCAUUGCUAACACACAGCUGUGUGAGUGUAUACAAGCUUGUACGAUCACCACACACACAAACUCCCUCUAGCGCUCAACGCUUUCACCAAUAUUCACUAAAGAGUGAAACUAUGAAAUGAGGGUUUGUCUCGAAAGGAAAUGUAAGAUGCAGCAGUUGAUUGAUUUAAUUGAUUAGUCUGCCUUUUCUCUUGCUCGCAUCUCUUUGAGCGGAAUGAUAAAGGUGGUGUUUGUGUGUGUUUGCGUGGGGCACAUGGGAGGCCACUGCCCGGUUUUCUCCUGUAUCUUUAGCCAAAGGUUAAGCGUGCAAAGAUGAUUUCACAGAGCCUUGAGAAUCCCUGUUGCUAUGGCAGCAGAGUGGAAGGGGAUUUAUUAUGGGCUGUCUGUAAAUGGACAGACAGACCCUGAAUUCAGUCUGGGAGCUUUCCUCCUCCCCCUUGAGAGAGGAGGAUAGAAUACCUCACCACUGCUCACUUGCCUGUAGGGCACCCAACCCUGCUGCUACUAACAGAAAGGGAGAGUGAGUACGAGUUCAAAACUGUAGAAACAAAACCGUUCAGUGUGGCUUUCUGUUAACCCUCACCAAGAGGGAAAGGGAGACGGAAGGGGGAGAAAUAAAACAAAAUUAGAAAUAGCUUUGUGUUUGACUGCAGACUGCAGUUCUGCUGCAUUUCAGGGCAGAAGGACAGGUGUUAGUGUUGAGGAGAGAUUAUUCCUGUCUCAUCUCACUUCCACUCACUCAAACCUACACCACUCUCAUCGCAGGUUUACCAUGGUGACAAGGGUCCUUCAGAAAUGUACAGUAGUGUGCUCCACUAGUGGGGAGGGGUAUACCCCUAACCAGAACACAGGAUGAGGAACCUUGUGUAGGAGGACAGAGUGGGGGGUAAUUGGUUUGUUUUUUCUUUUACUUGUACAGGGGGUACAUCGCUGUAUUAAAAUAUGUACGGUCUUACAUUCUUGGUUUUAGUUAAGAAACUAAUAAAAUAAUAUGCUGUUUAAAAAAGUG